AUGGCGACCGCUGGGGUGGGAACUGCCCCCACGAAGUUGUCUUUCGCAAAGGUUGCUGCAUUGAAAAUGCCGUUCAUUCCUCCUGUCAAGGACCACGCUGCGGAAGGCGUCUCAGACUCGUUCGAAGAGGUCCGAUCUCAUCUGUCAAGUUCGUCGACAAAACAGCACAGUUUCGACACCAAGAGUGUUGCAUCGGCGACGACUUUCGCUAUGGACGAGAAAGAGAGUAUCAGACCCGAUGACAGCGCCAGCGUCAGAGCUGUCGACGAUGAAGAUGUCCACAGCACAGUCAGCCGGCCGGGUCCGUUCGCUCAAGAAGCCGAUGUGAUACUUCCGCCUCUUCAGACAAUCCUACCUCGUCCCGAGGGCGGGCCCGUCAAUCUUGGGGCGAGACGCUUCCAGACGCUCAUCAAUCCGCCGCGCUUUGGGGACCUUGAGAUCGAGCCAGUGGAUGAGAGCCGCGCAACGAAUGCGCCUCCACGAGUGAAUCCAAGCGUGACACAGGAAGAGCCGGCCAGGCCGUCGAUCGUUCCAAUUUCGCCCGAUGAACGACUCUUGGACGCACUGGCGUCACCCAAGGAGCGUUUGCAGAUUCUGCAAUUGGAAGAGCGGGUCUUGACCUUCGUCCAGAAAGGUGAUCAGCAUUUCCUCGAACUGCCACCACAAAACUCUUAUGCAAGACUUCUUGCGUACAAGCUGGCUGACUACUAUGGUCUGAUGCAUAAUGUGACCGAGGAUGGGUUGUCGGUCCGAAUCUUCCGCAGCGCAGAGCUAGAGCUGCCCAUGACGUUGGCAACGUUGGCGAAAUCAAUACCCGUUGGUCCCGCGCCCGCUCUGGGCCCAACGGCGGUGAAGAUAAUGCGACGAGCAGGGCUGAACGACAGCACAGCUCCCAGUUCCGCAGCGUCCAAGGCUACUUCGGAGGCAGACCACAGUGAGGAAGGUCUCACAUCACCAACUGACAGCACUCCCAAUCGCGACAAAUCCAAGAUGACUCGAGAGGAACGCGAGGCUCAGUACAAAGCGGUCCGUGAACGUAUAUUCGGUGACUUUCAGGAGCUGUCGAUCAGCGAGAGUAACUCCACAGGCGACAAUUCAGCGAGUAUGUCUCGUUCGAGCUCUUCCAGCGGCAAGAAGAAGAAUCGACGACAGAAAACUCCCAAAGACGACAGCUUUGAAGCUAGGUCCGCAUAUGUGCCUAGCUACGGUCAGAACCACGGACACAUGAUGAGCUCUCAGCAGUAUCAGGCAGCACAGUACGUGGCUCCGGCUCCCGCCGACUCCUACAGCAGUCAAGGACCUUACUACGGGUCCUCAAUGGUCUACGGCUCGACACCGACGCCAGCGCAUCCCGGCUUCGACACGCAGAUGUCUAACUUCCACACGAUGGAUGCUCGACAGCAGUAUCCGAAUGCGGACCUUGGGCUGGCGUUCAUCCUAGCUCGUACUACGCUAUCCAACCUCUCCGGCGCAGCCUACGUACCUGCAGUGCAUCACGGUGCGCCAGGUGCCCCUCAGAACAGCACUCAGUACAACUAUGGCAUGACUGGUAUGCAUCAGCAGCAGAGUCCGUGGACACCGAACCAAUUCGGCAACAUGCUACCCCCUCCUGCAAGUCCUACCAAUGGGACACCGUGGGGAGUUUCUUCUGCUGCGUUUGGGCAUGGCCAGCAUAUGACGCAUCAGAACACCGGAAUCAGCAGUCCUUCGGGUGGUCUUGGCGGCUCGAACAAUUCUGGUCAAUCACUAUUCAACCCACAGACGCGCUCAUUUGUGCCGAGCAAUUCUUCCUCCCGAUCUGGUAGCCGCGGCAAUCAACGAAAGAAGACAUCCCCAGCAUCCCCAUUGCCUUUUCCCUCAAGAAGCAACUUCACACCACAAGCCGCCAAUACUGAGGACACGCUGCAGAAGAAGUACGGAGCGCCAGCAAACCUGCCUAAGAAGCCGCCACCACCCAGAAGAGCUCCAGUUGCAGAUUAUUAG